AUGACGGCCCAGGGCGCCCCAUCCGCUCAGAUCCUGCACCCAGACCCACUCAUCCCGCGCAUGGCCGAGCGCUUCUCCCUGCUAGGCCAAUGGCACGCAUUCACCUCCUUCCGCCCAGGCAACAGAGCCCUGGCCUUGGCAAUCACCCUGUUCCGGGACAUGCUGGACUUCGCCAUCUCAGGCCAGUUCCCCAGCCUGAGCGCCAUCUCCCACUUCCACAUGCUCGUCGGCACUCUGCAGGAUUUCCCCCCCGCACACUUGAUCUUCGUACUCCUUCUCAGCGAAAAUGCCUCUCGCUUUCCCCCCUAUGCAACAACCCCACUGGUUCGACUGCAUCGCAACAUCAGCGAACAACUCAUCUCCAACCAGGCCCGCGACAGUCCUCUCCUCACGGGGCACUUUUUCACCCCGGACGAGCUCUCCCGGCAGACACACAGCGCAAACAUCAUCUACCCCUUCUAUGACCCACAGGCGAUCCAAUACUCAGCCAACUCCAGCGUCAUCUUGGCCCUGCGUCAUGACGAGGCCUUCAGACGCGAAGUGGAGCGCACCGCCUCGCGAGCCGUGGAAGUCAACAGCAUCAUCGCGGCGGUUCCCGCGUCAAGGGGAGACUUCUUUGACAAGAUCCCCAUCUUCAGCACCGAACUCAUCAACGGCCUUGCAGCGGCCCAGGCCCACACCCUGGACAAGGUCCUAUCCGGCCUAAAAACCCAAAUGGCCCACCUCUCGAAAGCCCACCGAGACACCCUCGAGCAUGUCUACGCUCUUUACACCAAUCCAGCGCCCCAUCCUCCGCCAUCCUCCUCAACACACUCCGCCGGCCUCAUCGCGGCUCUCGCCGGCGUCGUUGCGCAAGAUCGACUCAAGUCCCGGACCCAGUCGACAAGAACCACCACGGCUCCGGCCCCCAUCCCCCACAGGCAAGAUGCAUCCUCCCCGGCGAAUGGCAAUAUCACCACCGGCACAGCGCCCGCUCUCCAGCCGCCCGCCCCUGCCGAAGCCCACCAACCGGCCCCCCCCGCCCGAUCAUCGGCCCCGAUCACCCUGGGCCCUCCUUCUCGCCCUCCCACAUCCACCCAAGCCCCGACGUCGGGCCCGUUCAUCGUGCAAAGCCCGCCCGCCCCACCCCCUCCCUUCCCACCCCCCUUCCAAUAUCCCCCCCACCCCCCCACCACCUCUUCCCACCUACAGCACCCCCCCCACUGGAUUUUCUCCCCUCCCCCAACCCCCCACGACCACCAGCAACAAGAUCCUCAGUCCAGCCAUCCCAGCUACUACGCACAGUAUUCUCCAUCAAUCUUCCAAGGCUCCUUCCACCGACCCCACUGGAGCCCGGAACUCCACCGGCACAACAUGGACACCCUCAGGCGAUGCUGGACGCCCAAGUGGGCCGAAGGGGUCCUUCCCGUCAUACCAUUCAAACUGGACGAAGAGCAUCUGUCGAGGAUCUUCGCCAACGGCUUCCCCCCGUCCUCCGGGCGCCCGGGCGCCACCCCCUCGAUCUGCAUCGGGGAGCCUCGCCUCGGGCAGCACUACAAGUCGAUCGCUCUGGCCGUUCGCAUUCGGGCGGCCAUAGUCGUGUUCAUGAGCACACCGAUGUCGCUUAGCGCCUUCGAAGAGCUCUCCGGGCUCAAGUGGAUCCAGUCACUGGUCCCCCCGAUGGAUCCCGUCGGUCUCAUCCCCCUCCUUUGUCCCCCCGACACCGACACUCUCUGGGCCUACAUCGAAUUCCUCCGCAGAGUCUGGAUCACCCGGGAGGACAUGCUGUUCUCCCUCCGGAUCAGGGCCCUUGCCCUGACUCUCACCGAACUGGGGAUUGCCCCUGACCCCGCUGAAUUCUGGGCUGCCAUGUCGCCCCACUGCCCGGCUCAUCAACAACCCAGCCUCCGCGCAUUGCGCUCCUCCCACUUCACCUCCAUCUUCGGCCCCGGCUUCAUUCCUCCGCUUUCAGCUCCGAGCAACACCACGGAUGUCACGGUCACCAUACAUCGCAGCGCCCAAAUCGUCAGCUGGGACGGCAUGACAGCCUUCGCGGGCUCCCACCACCCCAUCCGUCCUCCCCCGCUUGCUGACGGCCACGCCUCGCCGGAAGGCAACAUCCACGCCCCCCCUCCGACCUCCCCCCUCUUUGGCAAUGCCCCCAGGGCCCGGGGACGGCCAUCCCCUCCGGAUCGCCCGCGCCCCGGUCCCUUCUCGCUUCCGCCCAAGGACGAGGCCCCCUUCCGCCGCGCCUGCUCCGAGGCCGAUGCCGAGCGAAACACCACCCUGGCAUCGGGCCUUGGCUUCAGCAUCCUCUCGGACAAAGACCUCACUGACCGCAUCAAGGCCUGGCAAAACGAGGAGCCCCUUGCCCUUGCCGAGGGAUUCAGCCGCUCGAAAGAGGGCCUGCUCCUGCGAGACAACCGAAUCUGGAUCCCCCAGGCUCAUGUCCAGGCCCUCGCCCUUCUGCUACACGAACUGCCGGAGAUCAAUCACACCGGCUCGGCCUCGCUGACCGCCAUCCUCAUGCGUGGUUUCUCCGGCACGGGAUUCGACAAGGCAGCCCGAAAUGCCACCCAGCGCUGUCUCCUAUGCCAUCGCUUCAAGCCCAAGAGCUCCUCAUUAGCCCCCGCCCCCUCCGGGCCAGCCGCCAUCCCAACGAGGCCCUUUGAAGCAUUGGCCGUCGACUUCUGCUCCAUCCGACUGCCCCACCAUCCCACCAAAUACAAGGUGCUGGUAAUGGUGGACACCUUCUCCAGGUACAUGAUGGCCCACGUGGUGCCCGCCUCGACGACGGGAGCCAUGGCCCUGUGUGCCUUCUUCCACUCCUUGCCUCCCGGUCACCCUCCCAUCGCCACGGUCAACGCCGCCGACGAAAGCCCCUUCAACUGCGCCCGCUGGAAGGACGAGCUCAUCAGCCGCAAGAUCAGCCCCACCUACUCCGGCCCCCCUCAUGACCACUCCAACGGCGCCGCAAAGCGCGCCGUAAGAUCCCUCAAGCAGAGACUGGCCAUUCUCAGCAACUCUCGCAAAGACCUCACCACCCUCAACAGCCUCCUCGAAGAGGCAACCUCCUCGCACAAUGCAUGCCCCAAUUCACUGGGCUUCUCCCCGAGAGAGCUGGUGUUCGGCUCGCAUGCGGUCGCCUCCCUCAGCGCCAUCCCCUCGAUCCUUGGGCCCCACAUUCCCCACGAGGAAGCCAUCAAAACCGCCUACGACCGCUUGGUCAGCGAGCGGACGGCUCGCCGCCCAUCCUCACUCGCAACCCCUGCGCCACAAUCACCCAUCAAACCCGGCGACUAUGUCCUGGUAUCUCUCUUCCCGCGGCACUCGCCCAAGGCCCAACCGCUCGGCCUGGGCCCGAGAUUUUCCCCUCCCACACUCGUCGAGAGCGUGGGCGCCAGCACCGUGAAACUGGCUGCCCCGGUCGAAGGUCGCAAGUCGCUCCACAUUCCCCUUUCCGACAUCAAACUCUACUCUCCACCCGCCGCUACCUCGUACUCUUCCCCCCCAUCCGCGGCGCGCCCGGAUGCCACUUCUCCAUCGGCACCCUCGAAUCCGCCGGAUCCGUUCCCCGCCUGGGGAGUGUAA